CCCUCUUCAGCCUAGUCCAGCCUGGCCAGUCUGGCUCCCUACUUACCCUGCCUGCCCUCUCCACUGCCAGCCCAGACCAUCUGCCUUCUUGCCCACAGCCUGACCCCCCUCCCACACCAGAUCCUGCCCAGGCCUGGAACCGGUGAUCCAGGCUGUGUGGUCCUGUCUGGGUGGUCCACGCCAGGUGUUCUGGGGCUGGUGGUCCAGAUCAGGUGUUCUGGUCUGGAUAGUCUGGAGCUGAUGAGGUCUGGGCCAGUUAGUUUGGGGCCAGUGGGUUGGGGCAGGUGGUCUGGGCCGGUCGGUGUGAGCUGGGUGGUAGGGGCCAUGUAAUCCAGUUUGGAUGGUACAGGCCAGAUCAGGACAUUGGUGGGGCCUCGGGGACUGUGAGCAUCUCCCCUUCUUGGCCCGGACCAACCUGGCCCAGCCUGGCCCUGACUUCCUGCCUCUCUUCCGGGCUGGGCCGGGCUCCCGUGACCAAGAACAGCUGCUCACAGUCUGUGCAUCUAGAAUGAUGGGGUCUCCCAACCCCCGCCGCCUGCCCGAAGGCUUGUGGGGCUCCUUUCUUUGCCUGCUGGCUGGCUUCAUCCUGGACACGGAGACCCUGGUCAUGAGUCAAUGUGAACUGGCCCACGCGCUUCAGGAAGGAGGCUUGGAUGGUUAUCAUGGCCACAGUCUGGCCCACUGGCUGUGUCUGGCUCACCAUGGGAGUGGGCUCAACACCGAGGCCGUAUUCAAGCUGCCUGAUGGGAGCCUGGGCUACGGCGUCUUCCAGAUCCGGGGCCACAAGUGGUGCAGUCCCGGGGAAGGCCUGUCUGAGAACCACUGCCACAUGGACUGCCAAGAUCUGCUGGACACAGACCUGAGCAAUGACAUCACCUGUGCCAAGAUCAUGGUGGACAAUCCAGGCGGCACAGAUGCCUGGGACCCGUGGAGUCACCACUGCAAGGGGCACGACCUGGCCGACUGGGCAGUGAACUGUGGCCACUAAGGGCAUCACCGCCCUUCCUCUGUGGCUUUGCCUGCUGCUGACCUCUCUCUUAUUUUCUGCUCACCACCACACUCCCUCCACAUCUCUACCCAUCACCACCUCCCUCCACAUAUCUGCCCACAGCCACCCUCCUUUGUCUCUGCCCACCUCCAUCUGUUAGACCGAUUGACUGGGAACAAGCAGCCACCUCCAGCACCUGGAUGGACCAUGGGCAGUAAAGAGAACCCUUUAUCAAGA